GGCGCAGGCCCCCGGCAGCACCGAGGGCGAGGGGGGGAGGAUGCCGACCACGCUGGGGACCAGCGGCCCGCCUCACAGCAGCACCACAGGACCAAGGGACGCACGCCGGGCCCAACGCGGCUCUUUUGGACACAGCAGGUGAGCUGAAUCGCACGGCGGAUCUCGGAUGACACCGAUUCUUCAAUAUCCAUGCGCUGACAAAUCGUGGACAUGAAUGAGAAUGGAGGUUCCGCCCGCAGCGACACCACGGAGACAUCCAUCUCCACUCUGGGACAAAUUGGCCUUUUCGCCACGCGGCGCUGUCAACAGCUGGCGGCGCCUCAAAGGCCGGCGCCACGCAACGGGCUCAAUACGGGAACUGUUGAGGAACUUAUCCGUCGAGAUCUGAAUUUCCAGGAACAUACAACCGAUGACCUCGGUCUGGUGGAAUGGAUUCCUAGAAGAAUGAAGGACGAUGAAGGACAAGCGUCCGUGGUGCUCGGAGACGCACCUCAAGUUCUUGCUUUUUUCAGUUUAGUUCAUGAUCAGCGUGGUCCACCUCCCGUCCAGGACCGUGCGACAGAUGAUCUUCUCCCCGAGUCUGGGCGGCGCUCACAGUUGGCACCGAGACUCAACGGACUCCAGGACACUUGUCUCCGUGUCCGCCAAGCAUCACGGGAUGAGCGCGCAAACCCCUCAGCCGCACUUAAUUGGUGCCGAGGAACCCGAAAAGCGGCCGGCGUCGUCAAACGCAAGCAGAACCGCGUCGCCUUUCCGGACUACGGCGAGAACGACGACGAGUUCCCGGAAGCGGCGCUGAGCACGGAGUUCCCGGCCAAUCGACAGCAUGGGAGGAAAAGUGGCAAGAGGCGGAGCUACUGCGUUGGCGGCCCCGCAGGAAGCCAUUCACGUGUUUAUGACGCCGAGGCAGAAGGUGGUGACAAGGAGCUCAAGGCUCCCUGGUCCGAGUCCAUGGGCCAACUGAUGAGGAAGCUGGAGCGCCUCAACCUGGACAUUGAGGAGGCGCUGAGCGCAGGCUCCUCCCCGUCCGACACGCCCUGCACCGCACGCAAGAAACAGCGCCCCGCAUUGAAGCAAAGCCUGAAUGAGCGAGGCGGGCGCUCCGGCCAAAGCGGCUCUUGUGUUCCUCGCCGUGCCUCCGUGGGAACCAGAGGAAGAAGCAAGAAAGCGGUUUUCAACAAGAUGACAAGGGAAGCAGGAGCAGAAUUGGAGGCAAAGGAGGCGUGCGACUGGCUGCGGGCCGCCGGAUUUCCCCAGUACGCUCAGCUCUUUGAAGAUUCCCAGUUCCCCAUUGACAUCAGCCCCGUCAAACGAGACCAUGACUUCCUGGACAGAGAUCUGGUGGAGCCUCUUUACAGGCGACUCAACACCUUAAACAAGUGCGCCUCCUUGAAACUCGAUGUGAACCUCCCAAAGAAAAGAAGCGAAGACUCGGACGAGGAAGACCUGUUUGCCAUCAGUGACAAAUGGACCUUUGAAUGGAGCAGCCGGCGCUGGUCCAGGCUGCAGGACAUUGACAGUCUUCUGGGAACCUUCGAUCCGUCCGCCGGGGACACGCCGCCUCUCAGAAGCGCCACCAGCAGCGAAAGCGUGCUCACGGACCUCAGCGAGCCCGAAGUAUCCUCGCUCCAUAGCGAGAGCAGCGGGGGCGGCCCUCCCCGCUUUCUGGAAGGUUCCGAGCGCGACAUGCCGGACUUGACGCUGCUCGCCAUGUCCCGCAUCAGCCGCUACGGCUCGCUGCCUCACAAGCGGGGCAAGACGGGUCGCACCCGCGCCAAAGACUUUCUGAAGCGCAUGGAGACGCUGCGCUCCCGGGGGGCGCUGGCCAGGGGGCGGAAGCCGCUGGUCAUCGGGUCGCCGGUGCUGCAGCGGGAAGCCGGCGCCCUCGAGACGCUGCCGUGCGUGGACGUCGUCAACGGAGCUCAGGAGGUUCCGUCCCGGUCCGGCAGCGAAGGCAGAAGCCCUUCCAGCGGCAGCGCGGGCAGCACGCCCAGCUUCCAAGAGCGCAAGUCGUUGGGCGGCGAGCACAAACGCAGCGGCAUGUAUUUGGAGGACGUCGACAUCUUCUCGGGCAACCAAGUGGCCCAGCAGAAUCGCAUCAACGAGUUCUGCUCCUACGAGGACCUGGUGGUCCAUAUUCCCAACGACCACAAGCCGGGGACCUUCCCCAAAGCGCUGUCCAUCGAAAGCCUGUCGCCGACCGACGGGGCCUCGCUGGCGUGGCGCUCCAGCGGCGCCGGGCUGCUUUCGUGCCGGCAGGAGGCCCGGCCCGCCGCGCGCCGCUGCUCCCGAGGAAGCCGCGUCAGCGUUUACGACAACGUCCCCGGCUCGCAUCUCUACGCCAGCACCGGGGACAUCAUGGAUCUGGAGAAAGAAGAUCUCUUUCCUCACCUGGACGACAUCUUGAUGCACGUCAGCGGACUGCAGCAGAUCGUGGAUCACUGGUCCAAAAACGUGCUGCCGGGCGGGGAGGGGGUGGCCAGAGGAGAUCCGGCGGGCCUUCAGUCCUCCAGUCAGAUCACGCUGGACUUUGAGGCCGAUUCGGAAAGCCAGACGACGACGCCGGGCGCCGGCGACGGGGUGUCGCUUUCCGACAUGGACGCCACCAGACUCGGGGAAAGGAGAGACUCGGGAGUGGGGGCUUCCCUCACCAGACCCAAUCGUUUACGAUGGCCCAGCUUUCAGAUUUCCAAUCGCCUCAGCCACUCGGUGGCGUCGUUGCAGAUAACCAACCAGUCGGCGGGCCAGCUGAGUUUGUUGCAGAAGUUCUCGCUGCUGCGUUUGACGGCCAUCAUGGAGAAGUACUCCUUGUCCAACAAACACGGCUGGACCUGGGCAGUUCCAAAGUUCAUGAAGAGAGUGAAGGUGCCCGACUACAAGGACAAGAAGGUGUUUGGCGUGCCGCUUCUGGUUCACGUGCAACGUUGUGGCCAACCGCUGCCUCUGGGCCUGCAGCAGGCCCUGCGCUACCUGAGGAGCAGCUGUCUGGACCAGGUGGGACUCUUUCGGAAGUCGGGUGUCAAAUCCCGAAUUCAAGCGCUGAGGCAGAUGAACGAAAGCUCCCCGGACGACGUCAACUACGACGAGCAAUCGGCCUACGACGUGGCCGACAUGGUGAAGCAGUUCUUCAGGGAUCUGCCCGAGCCGCUGCUCACUAGCAAGCUGGGGGAGACCUUCCUCCACAUCUACCAAUACGUGCCCAAGGAGCAAAGAUUGCAAGCCGUCCAGGCGGCCAUCAUGCUGAUGUCGGACGAGAACCGGGAGGUGCUGCAGACGCUGCUGUGUUUCCUGAGCGACGUGACGUCGUCGGUGGAGGAGAACCAGAUGACGCCCAUGAACAUCGCCGUGUGCUUGGCGCCCUCGCUCUUCCACCUCAACAUCCUCAAGAAAGACAAUCUUUCCCCGAGGGCGAUGCAGAAGAAGUACGCCAGCGGCAGGCCGGACCAGAAAGACCUGAAUGAAAAUCUGGCGGCGACGCAGGGUCUCGCCCACAUGAUCAUCGAGUGCAAUCGGCUCUUUGAGAUCCCUCACGAGAUGGUCACGCAGUCGCGCAAUUCAUACGUGGACGCCGACCUGCGCGCGCCGACCUCCGACGAGCUCUUCAAGCCCUUGGAGGACGAGAACGGAACGCACCAGAACCACAUGGAGGCCAGACUGGAGAACUUGCUCAGAGAGGCCCGUGAGAAAUCCAAAUCCUGGGUGUCCUCCAGCAGCUCCGAUAACACGGAGCUGCACUUCCAGAAGGCGGGCGACGGCAACCCGCUGAGACGCUGGCGGGUGUCCGUGGAGGUGGAGGCGCCGCCGUCGGUGGUGCUGAACCGGGUGCUGCGAGAGCGCCACCUGUGGGACCCCGACUUGCUGCAGUGGAAAGUCUGCGACACCCUGGACAAACAGACGGAGGUCUUUCAGUACGUCCUCAACCGGAUGCCGCCUCAUCCCGGCCGAGACUUUGUGGUUCUCAGGUCGUGGAGGACAGACUUGGCCAAAGGCGCGUGUUCCCUGGUUUCCGUCUCAAUGGAGCACGAGGACUGUCCUCCCGCCGGAGCGGUGCGAGCUAUCGUCAUGGAGUCCAAUUACCUGCUGGAGCCCUGCGGCUCGGGGAAGUCCAGGCUGACUCACAUUUGCCGAGUGGAUCUGAAGGGAAGAACUCCGGAAUGGUACAACAAAGCCUUUGGCCACCUUUGUGCGGCGGAAGCCGCUCGCAUCCGCAACUCCUUUCAGCCGCUCAUGGCGGACGGUCCAGAGACGAAAAUCUGAGCCCCCCCCCCCCCAACUAAGGCACAGUUGAAUGGAAUGUUUCUUCUGCUCCUCGGUAUUUGCACAAAACCAGAUGAGGACAUCUUGGAGACGUUUUUACUCAGCGGAGAAUUAAUCAUCCUGCCAAAUGGACUGGAUAUGCAUGAUGUUGUCUGGAUUGGUGCGCGCUGACCGACUGUCGUAAUGUACAAUGUCUACGACAUUGAAGGCCUCAUCAGCUUCUGAGAAGCGUGUACAUCAUCAUGUCAAGAUUUAAAGAUAUCAUUAUUCUAAUUGUAAAUCUGUGAAUAUUUUGUGUGUGUGUGUUUGGGAAGGGAUCAAUAUGGUGUCUUCCUUAUAAUAUAAAAAAAUCCUCCUUCCAAAUGUAAGCUGGUUUUACUUCAGCACUGACAUUCAUUUGUUUUUGUUCAACUUGGACCUCCUGUGGUUGUGAAUGACUUAAGGUUUGACUUGCUCAUACCUGCUUGUAGGGUACCGGUCGGUCCCAUGUGCUGGUGACAGCAAAGGACUUUUUUUUUUUUAAAUAAAGCUGUCAGGAUAAUAA